AUGUAUAUGGCAUAUGGAUGGCCGCAGGUCAUCCCACUGGAAUUACCGAAUUGCCUCUCCACACAGAAGAUCUUAUAUCUAAAAGUCGUCAAUCGGUUGUUCCUUGUUGUUGCCCCCUCUCAUCUCGAGCUUUGGUCCGCCUCUCAGCACAGAGUGAGAUUGGGGAAGUAUAAGAGAGAUGUGGAUUCGAUUCAGACAGAGGGCGAAAAUGUGCAGGCGGUUUGGAGCCCGGAUAUGAAACUGGUUGCUGUUCUUACAUCUUCAUUUUAUCUACACAUUUUUAAGGUUCACUUCACAGAAAAGAAAAUACAAAUUGGCGGGAAGCAACCGACUGGUUUAUUUUUGGUUAAGAUCUCUUUACUUCUCAGCGAGCAAGUUCCCUUUGCAAAUAAGAACUUAACCAUGAGCAACAUUAUUUGUGAUAAUAAGCACAUGCUAAUUGGACUUUCUGAUGGAUCAUUGUAUAGUAUAUCCUGGAAGGGUGAGUUCUGCGGUGCAUUUAAUCUUGACGUUUGGCUGCGUGAUAGUGUUGCUGCUAAUAAAUUGUCACAUCCUUUGGACAAUGAUCUGGCUUCUGGUGGAAUUCAAGCUGUUCACAGGUCCAACAAUUUUGCACCAGAGACUUCUGCAGUGGUCAAUCUUGAGUUUUCCAUUUCAUUGAGGUUGCUUUUUGUGCUAUUUUCUGAUGGACAACUCGUGUCAUGUUCUGUAAGUAAGAAAGGUCUGAAGCACACCGAAUCUAUUAAAGUUGAAAGGAGGUUGGCUUCAAGUGAUGUGGUAUGUGUGUCAGUGGCUUCAGAGCAACAGAUUCUUGCCGUUGGCACCAGAAAAGGCGUUGUAGAGCUUUAUGACCUUGCAGAUUCUGCCUCAUUUAUCCAUGCUGUUUCUUUGUACGAUUGGGGAUAUUCCGUGGAAGAUACGGGUCCUGUUAAUUGUAUUGCAUGGACACCUGAUAACUCUGCUUUUGCAGUUGGAUGGAAGUUGAGAGGACUCACAGUUUGGUCAGUCUCUGGCUGUUGUUUGAUGUCUACAAUCCGUCAAAUAGGUCUGAGUUCUGUUUCUUCACCUGUGGUUAAGCCAAACCUGGAUCACAAGUAUGAACCCAUGAUGGGUGGCACCUCUCUGAUGCACUGGGAUGAAUAUGGAUAUAGGCUUUAUGCUAUUGAGGAAGGAUCUUCAGAGAGAGUCAUUGCCUUCUCUUUUGGCAAAUGCUGCCUCAACAGAGGCAUUUCUGGCACAACUUAUACAUGCCAGGUUAUCUACGGUGAAGAUCGUUUGCUUGUUGUGCAGUCGGAAGAUACCAAUGAACUUAAAAUCUUGCACCUUAAUCUUCCAGUUUCUUAUAUUUCUCAAAACUGGCCUGUUCUGCACGUGGCAGCUAGCAAGGAUGGAAUGUACUUGGCAGUUGCUGGGCUUCAUGGUUUAACCUUGUAUGACAUACGGCUGAAACGGUGGAGAGUUUUUGGAGAUGUAACUCAGGAGCAACAAAUUCAAUGCAGGGGAUUGUUAUGGCUGGGGAAAAUUGUUGUUGUCUGCAACUAUUUGGACUCUUCUAACACAUAUGAAUUGCUUUUCUACCCAAGAUAUCACCUCGAUCAAAGUUCACUACUUUGUCGGAAAUCAUUGCUUGCAAAGCCAAUCGUUAUGGAUGUUUAUCAAGACUAUUUGCUUGUCACUUAUCGCCCGUUUGAUGUUCAUAUAUACCAUGUCAAAUUAUCUGGUGAAUUAAUACCUUCCAAUACGCCAGAUUUACAGAUUUCUACAGUACGAGAGCUCUCAAUCAUGACUGCCAAGAGCCAUCCUGUUGCAAUGCGUUUUAUCCCCGACCAGCCUUCACAGGAGUACAUAUCAAGAAAUGAUAUCUCAUCCGAUGUGUUAGCCCGAGAACCUGCCAGAUGUUUAAUAUUGAGGAUGAAUGGGGAACUUUCGCUGCUUGAUUUGGAUAUUGGGAGGGAAAGAGAGCUCACUGACUCUGUUGAAGUAUUUUGGGUAACCUGUGGUAAAUCAGAGGAGAAAACUAACUUAAUUGAGGACGUUUCAUGGUUAGACUAUGGGCACCGGGGGAUGCAGGUUUGGUAUCCAUCUCCAGGUGUGGAUCCUUAUAAGCAGGAAGAUUUCUUGCAGUUGGACCCAGAGCUGGAAUUUGAUCGUGAGGUAUACCCUCUUGGUCUACUUCCAAAUGCUGGUGUUGUAGUUGGUGUUUCCCAGAGAAUGUCAUUUUCAGCAUGUACAGAAUUUCCAUGUUUUGAGCCAUCUCCUCAAGCACAAACCAUAUUGCAUUGUCUACUUCGGCAUCUCCUUCAGAGGGAUAAAAUAGAAGAAGCUUUACGCCUGGCACAAUUAUCAGCAGAGAAGCCACGUUUUUCUCAUUGCCUGGAGUGGCUUCUCUUCACAGUUUUUGAUGCUGAAAUUUCCAGAACAAAUUCUAGCAAUAACCAGACAGCAGUUGCCAAUUCUUCUCUUUUGAUGAAAACUUGCGAUCUGAUUAGAAACUUUCCCGAAUAUCUUGAUGUUGUUGUCAGUGUUGCAAGAAAAACUGAUGGUCGACAUUGGGCAGAUCUGUUUUCUGCUGCCGGGAGAUCAACAGAGUUGUUUGAAGAAUGCUUCCAACAAAGAUGGUAUCGUACGGCAGCCUGCUAUAUACUCGUCAUUGCUAAGCUCGAAGGUCCAGCUGUAAGUCAGUAUUGUGCCCUGCGUUUAUUGCAGGCAGCACUUGAUGAAUCUUUAUAUGAACUGGCUGGGGAGCUGGUGAGGUUUCUCCUGAGAUCUGGAAGAGAAUAUGAACCCACCAAUACAGAUUCUGAGAAACUGUCUCCCAGAGUUCUGGGCUAUUUUCUUUUUCCUUCCAGUUUUAGGAGGCAAUCUUCAGACUCGAAAAGCUCUUCGUUUGAAGAUCAGAGUGCAAAUGUUGCUUCUGUUAAAAACAUAUUAGAAAGUCAUGCAAGCUAUUUGAUGUCUGGGAAAGAGCUUUCAAAACUUGUUUCAUUUGUCAAAGGAACACAAUUUGAUCUAGCGGAGUACCUUCGGCGCGAAAGAUAUGGAAGUGCACGAUUGGAGAAUUUUGCUUCUGGAUUUGAAAUGAUAGGGCAGAAGCUGCAAAUGGGAACAUUGCAAAGUCGGCUGGAUGCAGAAUUUCUCUUAGCAAACAUGUGCUCUGUCAAAUUUAAGGAGUGGAUAGUGGUUUUGGCGACACUUUUGAGACGUUCAGAGGUCCUCUUCGACUUGUUUAGUCACGAUUUGCGAUUGUGGAAAGCUUAUAGCAUUACUCUAGAGACACACCCAGCAUUUGCUGAUUACCAUGAUUUGCUUGAAGAGUUGGACGGAAAGCUUUCAAGCUUUCUAGUAUCUGGAGCUACUCGAGAAUCUUGA